AAAUUAAAUAAAUUGAGAGCAUGAUUACAAAUUGCAGCCCGGCAUUGUGACGAUGUCACAAUAAAUAAUUGCUCGUUUUGUUUUAGGUCUAUUAAUGAAGAGGUCAACUUGCUUGUAUCCGACGAAACAAAGAAUGACUAUCAUUUUAGAAUUUAUAAAUAAGUUAGAAUGUAAUCCUCAGAGUAACAUCAGUAAUAUGACUCACGUUCUACAAUGUUAUGGUAAGUUUAUUCAUACGAUCAUAGCUGGAUGGGACGAAAGUGAAUGCUGUUUUGUGCAUUCUAUUCUCGACAAUGUUAGUGAUAUGAAAAAACAUUUAAAAUACGUUUUAACAUCCUUUCCAGAUUUUUAAAACACUUUUUAGGUUCCAAUCCAGGAAAGGAAAUGUAUGUUCGUAUGUAUCAUCGUUUUGUUUAUUUAGAUUAUUGCUGGAAUUCUACGGAUCGUAGUUUUUGGUUAUCAAAAAUAUUAAAACCUUGGCCUCUUGUUCAUCAAGCAAAACUAUUAUUUUUAUUAUAUGGUCCUGUAUGUUCAGAUAAAAUUCAAUGGUUUGAAUUAACAGAGAAUAUUCCUGAAGAUUAUUCUGAAGCUAGUAGAAAAUUAACAGAACUCGCUUACAUUAUACAGCUAAUGCAACAAAAUACUCUUGAAUGGAAUGGAGAUGAUAUUAUUUCUAUACUUGAAGAGAUUACUGAUACUCCAGAAGAGUGGUUGCCGGAAAAUAUUGCAAUUUUAUUGUUAUUUUGUGGAGAUAUUGUAGCAGCAAUGUUUAUGGGAAAUAAAUUACUAAAUGGAAAAACGAUAGAACUUGCAAAUUUAGUAAUAUAUUUAGCUAUGGCAUGUAAGAGAUAUGGCUAUCACCAAACAUGGUUGGUUCAGUUAAUAGAUAAGGCUUGUCAUAUGAGCAGAAAUAAGAAGGAUAGUCAGGAAUUUAUACAGAUGAUAGCAGCAGCAUUUCAAGAAAUAAUUACGGAAAUUAAAGACGGAGACAGCGAGUCGUACCUUAAAAUAAUUAUUGAAGCACAGACAUCAUUUUUCUCUGUUAUUAUCAAUCGGGCUUUUUUCCAGUCGACCGCAUUUACCUGCAAGUUGGUUUCAGAAGAAUAAAAUAUAAAAUGGAAUGUUAUUUAAACUGUAACUUCAUAUUAAGUUCAGAUUUCAUAUUUACAUAUUUAUGGUAAUUGUUAUUGCACAUGUAUUUUGUUACGUUAAUUUGUUUAUAUUUAAUUCUUAUGUCUGAGUCACAGACUUGUUAUAAACAAAGUAAA